AUGGGGACAGCGGUAGGAGCAAAAGCAGGGGAAGGAGACACGAGCAGGGGCAAAAGCAGGGGAAGGAGACACGAGCAGGGGCAAAAGCAGGGGAAGGAGACACGAGCAGGGGCAAAAUCAGGGGAAGGAGACACGAGCAGGGGCAAAAGCAGGGGAAGGAGACACGAGCAGGAGCAAAAGCAGGGGAAGGAGACACGAGCAGGGGCAAAAGCAGGGGAAGGAGACACGAGCAGGGGCAAAAGCAGGGGAAGGAGACACGAGCAGGGGCAAAAGCAGGGGAAGGAGACACGAGCAGGGGCAAAAGCAGGGGAAGGAGACACGAGCAGGGGCAAAAGCAGGGGAAGGAGACACGAGCAGGGGCAAAAGCAGGGGAAGGAGACACGAGCAGGGGAAAAGCAGGGGAAGGACACACGAGCAGGGGAAAAGCAGAGGUCGAAGUAG